CUUCAGUUUGACAGAGAUUUUGGGGAAAUCAAUUGACUCGUUUUCACACAGCUCCCUCAAAACUAUUAAUUUCUAGGAGCAAUUUAAGGGUUUGGACUGAUUUUGAUAAGAUGUCGAAACAACGUUCGCCAUCAUGGGCAUCCGUAGUGGCUCAUGGCAUUCACAAGGAUGCCAAGGAGAUAAAAGAAAACGCUCCAAAGAUGUCAGUCAAGUCAAUGACAAUCAAACAAGCAUUGGAGGGUUCCCCCACAUUGGUGUCCACAACAUCCACAACAAAGAUGAAUGCAACAUUUUCAGAUGUUGUUAAGCAAUCUGUCGCCAAGGAUGCCGAAUCGCGUGCGAAGGAACAAUUGUCAAUGGCUGGCAAAUUGACACAAUCGGGCUCCUUUCGCACCAUUUGGCCGCAGCCGCCGCCACAUCACAAGACCAAUGCUCAAGGGCUUUCGUAUCGACCACGUCGUCAUGUCUAUGGCUUCACACAUCUGAAUAAUCCGCGGAUUCCGACCAGCGAAAGUAAAAACAUUUCGGUGGACCUUUCGCCUAAAGAAUCCGUGUCAGCCAGGCCAUCAACCUAUGAAGCUCAGUUGUCCCCCAAGAAGCCAACCUGGUGGCGAGUUGCCGCCGAGUCGCCAGAACGUCGAUGCGUUUGUUCUAGGACUCGAUGUCAAAUCACGUCUUCACCACGUGCCUUUGACCUGAUGCAGUGGCAGCCCAUUGCCAAGUCGCAGCAGAUGUGGCUGCCACUUGACUCGAGUCAACGCCAUUGCGAUCCUAGUAAUCCAAUGCCACGACCGCCACCGGGAUUCGAGCAUGUUGUGCCCGGCAGACAGGCACUCUCGAGUCGUGCCCGUGAAGUGCUGGGCGAGGAGAAUAUUGAAUUGGGGCCGAAGUGUGAUUAUGCCAUACCGAAAUCGAUGCCAAAGCCAGAGCGUGAACUUCGCGAGCAACAACACUUUAUAGCUAAACAUGACACACAUUUGACCUGUCGCCAGGCGCAGUUGAAGGUGAUCAAUGGGGCGACUGAAGAUGGCUACUACGUCCAUCCAGUGGCCAAGCUGUUGCCCACGUUUUCGAAGCAGGCAUUGCAUCCAAAGUAUAAGCCAAAAAUCUCAUAUGCUGAACUCUUGCGUCGCAAUCGUGAAAAGGAGAAACUGGAGUUGAGGUCCAAGGAUAAGAAUGUGACAAACUCUGAAGAAUCUGACAACCUAAAGCCGAUGACCGAAACAUCGCCGAAAUCAAAAGAGGAUCCCACAGACCCAAAAUCCUAUAAUAAUUUGCCAAAUUGUGAGAUAGCAGACCCACAAGAAUCCAUAGAACGAAGUGAAGACGCUAAUUAAUAUUUGAAGAGGAUAAAACUGAACAGCAAUUGGUACUUUAAGUGCACAAUAAU